UGCAAAGAUGAUGCCCACACCGGUUAUCCUGCUUAAGGAGGGGACGGACACAUCUCAGGGCAUUCCCCAGCUCAUCAGCAACAUCAAUGCCUGCCAGGUGAUUGCUGAGGCUGUCAGGACCACCCUGGGGCCCAGGGGGAUGGACAAACUGAUGGUGGACAGCAGAGGAAAGGCCACAAUCUCCAACGAUGGAGCCACCAUCCUGAAACUGCUGGAUGUGGUUCACCCUGCGGCCAAAACUCUGGUGGACAUCGCUCGCUCCCAGGACGCUGAGGUUGGGGACGGCACCACCUCCGUCACCCUCCUGGCUGCAGAGUUCCUGAAGCAGCUGAAGUCGUAUGUGGAGGAGGGUCUCCACCCGCAGACCAUCAUCAGAGCGUUCCGCACCGCCACCAAUCUCGCCGUCAGCAAGAUCAAGGAGAUCGCCGUCUCUGUGAAAAAAGACGAUAAGCAAGAGCAGAGGGAGCUUUUGGAGAAAUGUGCAGCCACAGCUCUAAACUCCAAGCUGAUCGCCGGUCAGAAGGAAUUCUUCUCCAAAAUGGUUGUGGAUGCAGUCAUGUCACUGGAGGAGCUCAUGUCUCUGAAAAUGAUCGGUAUCAAGAAGGUCCAGGGAGGAGCUCUGGAGGAGUCCCAGCUGGUCUCUGGCGUUGCGUUCAAGAAGACGUUCUCCUACGCCGGCUUUGAGAUGCAGCCCAAACGCUACGAAAAUCCAAAGAUCGCUUUGCUCAAUGUGGAGCUGGAGCUGAAAGCCGAGAAGGACAACGCUGAAGUCCGUGUGAAAUCUGUGGAGGACUACCAGGCCAUCGUGGAUGCAGAGUGGAACAUCUUAUACGACAAGCUGGAGAAGAUCUAUCAGUCGGGAGCCAAGGUGGUCCUGUCAAAGUUGCCCAUCGGUGAUGUGGCCACCCAGUUCUUCGCUGACAGAGACCUGUUCUGUGCUGGGCGGGUUCAGGAGGAAGACCUGAAGAGGACCAUGAUGGCCUGCGGAGGCUCCAUCCAGACGUCUGUAGGAGCGAUGACCGACGAUGUGCUGGGACAGUGUGAGCUCUUUGAAGAGGUCCAGGUCGGAGGAGAGAGGUACAACUUCUUUAAGGGCUGCCCGAAGGCAAAGACAUGCACCAUCAUCCUGAGGGGCGGGGCUGAGCAGUUCACAGAGGAGACGGAGCGGUCGCUGCACGAUGCCAUCAUGAUCGUGCGCAGAGCCAUCAAGAAUGACUCUGUUGUAGCGGGUGGAGGUGCCAUAGAGAUGGAGUUGUCCAAGUACCUGCGGGACUACUCGAGGACCAUCCCCGGAAAACAGCAGCUCCUGAUUGGAGCAUACGCCAAGGCCCUGGAGAUCAUCCCCAGACAGCUGUGCGACAACGCCGGCUUCGACGCCACAAACAUCCUGAACAAACUGAGGGCGAAACACGCACAGGGGGGCAUGUGGUACGGUGUGGACAUCAACAACGAGGACAUCGCAGACAACUUUGUUGCCUGUGUGUGGGAGCCGUCCAUAGUGCGGAUCAACGCCCUGACGGCGGCGUCAGAAGCAGCUUGUCUCAUCCUGUCGGUCGACGAGACGAUCAAGAACCCCCGCAGCACUAUGGAUGGACCACCAGGUGGCGCUGGCAGGGGCCGAGGCCGCGGGAGACCCCAUGCUCACUAACGA